CCCAGACAGGCUGGAGAAUGACGUCCAUGUUUUGCUCCAGCUCAUCCCAGCCUGGCGUGGGACAGGGAAGAGAAAUGGCUGCAGUGGAGUCAGUCCAGGGGCCGGUGACCUUCGAGGAGGUGGCUGUGUAUUUCACCAGGGAAGAGUGGGCUCUGCUGGACCCCACUCAGAGAGUCCUCUACUGGGAUGUCAUGCAGGAGAACUAUGAGACUGUGACCUGGCUGGACUUGUGCAGUGUUUCUGGGUGACACCCCCAGACAUAUUGGCAUCAAUACUGCCUAGCCUGUUUGAUGGCCCAUUGAGGGUCAUCAGCUGUGCAGUGAGCCCUUGGCCAAGGGGAUACACCUAUUGAGUCGGCAAGACCUGCCGGGGUAUGCCUAUGUACUGAGACCUCCAAAGCUUUUCCAUGCCAUUUGCUGUGAAGCUUCUGUUUGGGACACAGGAAGUACAAGCCACAUGGCAAAAGGAAUAUAAAAUGCAGUUGCAUCGUCUCCAUUUUGUCUUCAA